AUAAUUUUGAAAAUAAAGAAAUUUGAUUGAAAAAGAAGAUAAAAGAAAGAAAAUGGAGGUGCUCAACUUAACGUGAAGGUGGAGUAAGGUGAGAGUGGGAGGUGAAGAAAAACAAAGAAAGAAAGAUAAAGGAGGGAGGGGUAAUCUGAAAGUAGGGAUGGAAGAUGAAGUACAAUUCAAAAUCAAAUUAAAAUUACUAAAAAAGAAAAGAGAGAAAUAAAGAAAAAACCUAAAAUAAAAAAAAAUUAUAUUUCAAAUUAAAUUAACACGAGUCACACAUUGAUUGGUGUGUGAUAAGUUUACCAUCUAAAAUCUGGAAUUGAUCGAAAUAUGAUGUAAUAAUGUAUGUUCGAAAUUGUUUAGGAGGUAAUAAGACGAUUGCAUAAUUAACGUAUCUUUUUAAACGUUCGACAUAACUUCAAAUAUCACUGUAUGUCUUUUGUCUAAUUCAUUAUUAUAAAUCUUUAAAAUUACGAUUUGAAAUUCUAACUUCAAAUAGCAUGUCCAAUUAUGUCAACUUUAAAGUUAAGUUAUGUCCAAAUGAAUUUUCUAAAACUCACGUGUAGACAAACCAAAGAUCAAAUUAAUAUAUAAUAGAGAUACAGCAGCAUAUAUUAUACCCAUCUAACUUUAAUAGUACUAACAUUGUAGAUGUUUUCUCAACAUCAAUAUCCUUUCCUUUCUCAUAUUUUCACCAAUACAAUUUUCUGUCUCGCAAUAAUUGUGUGUUGUUUUGAAUGGAAAAUCAUUUGGGUCUUUUGAGAAUUCGUAUUAUCAGAGGAAUUAAUUUGGCCAUUAGAGACUUGAGAAGCAGUGAUCCUUAUGUUGUUGUUAGAAUGGGCAAACAGAAAUUGAAGACUCGAGUGGUGAAGAAGAAUGUUAAUCCUGAAUGGAAUGAAGACUUAACGUUAGGUGUUGCUCAACCUAUUCUCCCAAUCAAGCUGCAAGUUUAUGACAAGGAUACAUUUUCUCGCGAUGAUAAAAUGGGCGAUGCAGAACUUGACAUUGUACCAUUUAUAGAUGCAGUAAGGAUGACGCGCUAUAAGAACAUCCCCAAUGGAGUAAUAAUUUCGAGAAUAAUGCCUAACCGGCAGAAUUGCUAUUCAGAAGAAAGCUGUAUUGUGUAUGAAAAUGGCAAGGUUGUUCAAAACGCGUUUCUUAGAUUGAGGAAUGUUGAGCGUGGUGAGAUACAACUACAGUUGCAGUGGAUACACAUUCCUGGUUCCAAGAAUCUAUAACUAUUUCUAUCCCAGCUAAUUGUGGCCAUUAUGCUUCUGUUUCUUUGUUUCUUUUGAAUUUCUAAUGGCCGGCCUUGUAAAGAAAGCUAGAUAUUUUGUAUUUGUUGAUAUCAUAAAUUAUUGAUGUUCAAUUAAAUGAACUUGUCCUGUUUCUGUUGUUGCUUA